GAUUCCUGCUUCGUCAAUCAACAAUUUCACCUGCAACCGAUAGCAUAGGUUGCUUUCACUCUCUAUUUAUUUGGAGAAGUGUCAAACAUAUCGAGCUACUAUGUUACCCAAACAUUUCUAAAUGAGAGUCGUUUACUGGUUUUUUAUGAGUACUACUUAUCAUCGUCGCAAAAUCUAUACGCGACACAGUAGUAGCUAGCGGUACCUAUAAGUGUCUUGCACGGAUUAUUACGUUUUGUUUUUGGAAUUGCCGGAUAGUCUACGUGCGGGUUAAUAAUACCUACGGGUAGUACUUGAUGUGUCUUACAAGGUCCGGUAAGUGAGUGAUCGAUAUCGUGAUGGUGGGCACGUCCGGCAAUUAGUAUUCCAUUCUAUUCUCGGAAAAGUGAUCUUGAACUACAAGGUCAAAUCGUUAUUAUCAUUUUUUUAAAAUUUCUUUUUCCACGUUUUAAGUUCCUUGUUUAUACCAGGUUCAUCGUAAAUAUUUUAAUCGAUAUUAGUGAAGUACUUUUGCUUUCGAUAAAAUAAACUUUAUAUAUAAGUGUAUGGAUUUUGUUUCGGCAAUAUUAAGUGGGCCAUUGUUGGUUGAAGAAAGCGAAUAUGUAAAUAAUGUCGUUUAAAGAAAGUUGGUGUACUAAGGAUAUUUCUUCAAUGGAUUAAAAGUAAACAAAUUGAUUGGCCAUGAAGGGGUGGUUCGAUGCGUUUCGAUACGAUGGUGGACCUACCCUGUAUAAUUUUCACAACAGGACAUCGGUGACUGGUGAUGUUACUUUUAUAACAUUCUUAGCAACAUUUACUACGCUUUAUGUGGCAUUUUUAAUUAUUUAUUUUGGAAUUCGAAAAGAGAGAUGUUCAACUUUCUGUGCUGUGACGUUAAGUUUGUUUAUAGGAGCAACAAUUUUGAUAACAUUGUAUGGAUCAGCGUGGCAUAUAUCAAAGUCAUCAAUAGUCAGCACUUAUCAGGCGUUUUCAAAAGAACAAUUGACAGCUGACAUUGGUGUAUACGUAGGAUUAAAUCAUGUAAAUAUUACAUUACAAGCAAAUUCUAGUAAUAUUUGGAGUGAUAUAGAUUUUAAUGAACAGUUUGUUUGGAAGGACGCUCAUCAGAUGCAUACGAGUUUUAGAGAAGCCAUAAUAAAGGGUUUGCCUUUUCCAAUUUUGACUGUAGCAGAAUAUUUUACUACAGGACAAGAAGGACUAGCAUGGGGCAGACAGUACAGAACUGCAGGGUAUUUUGCCAUAAUUAUGCUUUGGACUUCGUUUGUGACAUGGGUGUUGAUGAACCUAAUGUUAAUAGUGGUACCUCGAUACGGAGCACUGCUAAUGACCUUGUGCGGGAUCCUUCUUUUAUCGACGGUAUGUGGGUACUUCGGUAUGCUACCAGAACCUCCAUUGGUUAUUUACGUGGAAGGAACCAAAAUUAACUUCUCCUUUGGAUGGUGUUACUGGUUGGUGCUUACUGCAGGUGGUAUUUGUUUGUUAGCUGGAGUCAUAAUAACAACUGUAGAAAUAAUCAACCCUCAUAGUUUCUCAACAAUUCUAGAAGUAGAUUACGAUACCCCAUUUGACAGACAUAUAAUAAUAGAAGACAGUAGGGACAAGAGAUUUGAGAAAAAGAAAACUGAUACUAAUCUAGAAUCACCCAAUUCACUGGGCAAAAUUCUAAGGAGACUGAAUUCUAAAAAUCGAGACGAAGACAACGAAAAUAUACAUAACGUAUCAAAAUCGAAUCAAGAAUUUCGGUUGGAACCAAGUCCGUGGAAAUAUCCCUAUAAAAAAGACCCUUCUCCUUCAAUUUCUAUAAUAUCUUCUACCGUAUCCAUUCCAGCUUCAACAGAGUCUCCAGUAUACAAAAACGAUUUGAGGUACGUUCAUCGUCCAAAUAAAAUCGAUUCAGUGUCAAUGUGGUGAUAUUUUUUCAACUUUGAGUGCAAUCAUUCGACUAUAUUUGAAGUGAUUUUAUUGUGAUACGUCAUUGAAAUGGCCAUAUUUAUUGUGUACUAGUUUUUAAAAUAAUUGUAAUUUAAUUUUAAUUUAUUUGAACGAAUGAAAAUGAAUAUUC